AUGGAGGAGGAAGAAGGAGGGAUAUUUGAAAUGGUGGAAAAUGAACCUGUUAAUGUUGAAGAAAUAGCUUUCAAGUUUGCAGUCACCAAUAUUAACAGAAACAGAACACUGAUGCCUAAUACUACAUUGACCUAUGACAUCCAGAGAAUUAACCUCUUCGAUAGUUUUGAAGCCUCAAGACGAGCAUGUGACCAGCUUGCUCUGGGGGUAGCUGCACUAUUUGGACCAUCCCACAGCUCAUCGGUUAGUGCAGUACAAUCUAUUUGCAAUGCACUUGAAGUUCCUCAUAUACAGACACGAUGGAAACAUCCAACAGUGGAUCACAAAGAUUCUUUUUACAUCAACCUCUAUCCAGACUAUGCAGCCAUCAGCCGGGCAGUUUUGGAUUUGGUGCUAUAUUACAGCUGGAAGAUAGUAACAGUUGUAUAUGAAGACAGUACAGGUCUAAUUCGCCUGCAGGAACUCAUCAAAGCCCCUUCAAGGUAUAACAUUAAAAUCAAAAUACGCCAAUUGCCCUCUGGGAAUAAAGAUGCCCGGCCGUUACUCAAGGAGAUGAAGAGGGGCAAAGAGUUCUUUGUGAUAUUUGAUUGCUCACAUGAAACAGCAGCUGAAAUCCUGAAACAGAUUCUCUCCAUGGGAAUGAUGACUGAAUACUAUCACUACUUUUUUACAACUCUGGAUUUGUUUGCACUAGACCUGGAACCCUAUAGAUACAGUGGAGUCAAUAUGACUGGAUUUCGUCUGCUCAACAUUGACAAUACACAGGUGGCUUCUGUUGUUGAAAAAUGGUCAAUGGAAAGAUUACAGGCACCACCCAAGCCAGAGACUGGGCUCCUGGAUGGCAUGAUGACUACAGAAGCAGCUUUGGUGUACGAUGCCGUGUACAUGGUAGCGGUGGCGUCCCAGCGUGCCUUCCAAAUGACGGUCAGUUCCCUCCAGUGUCACAGGCAUAAGCCAUGGAGAUUUGGACCCCGCUUUAUGAAUCUGAUAAAAGAGGCCCGCUGGGAUGGUUUGACAGGACGAAUUACUUUCAACAAAACAAAUGGUUUAAGAAAAGAUUUUGAUUUGGAUGUCAUCAGCCUUAAGGAAGAUGGAAUGGAAAAGGGUGCUGGUGAAGUUUCUAAUCAUUUAUAUAAAGUUUGGAAAAAGAUUGGGGUCUGGAACUCAAACUGUGGCCUUAAUAUGACUAACAACAAUAAAGACCAAUCCACCAAUAUAACAGAUUCGCUGGCAAACCGAACACUCAUAGUCACCACUAUUUUGGAAGAUCCCUAUGUCAUGUACAAGAAAUCUGACAAACCACUUUACGGUAAUGAUCGAUUUGAAGGUUACUGCUUGGAUUUGCUGAAGGAGUUAUCAAAUAUUUUAGGCUUCAUCUAUGAAGUCAAACUAGUGUCUGAUGGGAAAUAUGGAGCCCAGAAUGACAAAGGAGAAUGGAAUGGGAUGGUCAAAGAACUCAUAGAUCAUAAAGCUGACCUGGCAGUUGCUCCCCUCACUAUUACCUACGUCAGAGAAAAAGUAAUAGACUUUUCAAAGCCAUUCAUGACGCUGGGAAUCAGUAUUUUGUACCGGAAGCCUAAUGGCACAAAUCCUGGGGUUUUCUCCUUUCUAAACCCUCUUUCUCCUGAUAUUUGGAUGUAUGUGCUGCUAGCCUGCCUGGGAGUCAGCUGUGUGCUCUUUGUCAUUGCACGGUUUACACCCUACGAGUGGUAUAACCCCCACCCAUGCAACCCUGACUCAGAUGUGGUGGAAAACAAUUUUACUUUACUUAAUAGUUUCUGGUUUGGAGUUGGAGCUCUCAUGCAGCAAGGAUCAGAGCUGAUGCCAAAAGCUCUUUCCACCAGAAUAGUAGGAGGAAUAUGGUGGUUUUUUACCUUAAUCAUAAUAUCAUCCUACACUGCUAAUUUGGCUGCCUUCUUAACGGUUGAGAGGAUGGAAUCACCUAUUGAUUCAGCAGAUGAUUUAGCAAAACAAACUAAGAUAGAAUAUGGAGCUGUUAGAGAUGGAUCAACCAUGACAUUUUUCAAGAAAUCCAAAAUCUCAACUUAUGAGAAAAUGUGGGCAUUUAUGAGCAGCAGGCAGCAGACAGCUCUGGUGAAGAACAAUGAUGAAGGCAUCCAGCGUGUGCUCACUACUGAUUAUGCUCUGCUGAUGGAAUCAACCAGUAUAGAAUAUGUCACUCAGAGAAACUGCAAUCUCACCCAGAUUGGGGGACUCAUUGAUUCGAAAGGUUAUGGUGUAGGAACUCCUAUUGGCUCUCCUUAUAGAGACAAAAUCACCAUUGCCAUUCUCCAGUUACAAGAGGAAGGGAAGUUGCACAUGAUGAAGGAAAAGUGGUGGCGAGGCAACGGCUGCCCAGAGGAGGAGAGCAAAGAAGCCAGCGCCCUUGGCGUGGAAAACAUUGGGGGCAUUUUUAUAGUGCUUGCGGCAGGACUAGUUCUUUCUGUGUUUGUAGCUAUUGGAGAAUUUAUUUACAAAUCAAGGAAAAAUAGUGACAUUGAACAGUGUCUUUCUUUUAAUGCCAUAAUGGAGGAACUUGGAAUUUCACUCAAACAUCAGAAGAAAUUAAAGAAAAGAUCAAGAACUAAAGUGCGUACCUCUUUCACAAAUAUCCUUACAUGUCAUCAGAGACGGACUCUGAGAAAAGAAACCAUGGCUUGA